UUAAAAAUUAAGAAGAAGAAGAAGCUCUGCGCUUUGUGAGGAAGUAGUGUGACUGCUGACUGUUUUGAGCUGACUUUAGUCAUGCCUUACUGCAGAUACUCCAGUAACAGAACCAAACAUCCAUUCGGCGUUCUUACUAUGAUGUCUCGUGUUGCUCGAGCUUUUGUUAAAUCACUGCGUGAUGUUGAUGCAGCGUGAAGACACGUUAGUGACGCUUCUCUGCUGCUGACAGUAACGACAGAAAGCAGGCAUGGCAGAGGCCGGAGCCCAUCUAACCUCGACGGCUGUUAAUGAGCAGCCAUCCAUCUUUGAAGUACUGGCACAGGAGUCUCUGAUGGAAGCGGUCAGGCCUGCAUUGAGACAUGCGGUCAAGGUGAGGCUAAAUAUGAACACACACUGUCAGUUAGUACCAGAGCUUUAUGAUUUUAUGUCCCAUCAUUUUUUUAUUAUCCUGCUGCAUCAACUCUUUCAGGUUCUGGCUGAAUCCAACCCAUCCUGCUUUGGGUUUCUGUGGAAACGCUUUGAUGAGCUCUAUAUGCUGCUGGAUGUCCUCCUGCAGAACCAUUUCCUGUCCAACUGCAGUGCCUCCUUCUCUGAAAACUUCUAUGGACUAAAGAGAGUCUCAGACAGGCAGGGCCUUACUGCUCACCUGGGCUUGUGCAGGAGUUCCCGCUUGCGGUCGCUGCUACUCCUGUUCCUUGUGCCAUACCUGCGGGCCAAGCUGAAGGUGAUGCUGGCUCAGCAAAGGGAGGAGGAAGACUUCUCUAUCAGACUGGCACAAACCAGAAACCAGAGGUUUUUCCGAGCAGCAGUGGCAGCGUACCCUUAUGUCAGCUCGGCCUGGCAGGCCUGGAACUUCUGCCAGCAGCUGCUUUUUGUUUUCGGAGUCAGCAGGACCCACAGUCCCCUACUGUGGUUGGCCAAUGUCAGACUGGCACGGCUCAACACUCAAGACCUCAGAGAUAUGGAACGGAAUAUCAGCAACACUCAGAAACUGGCAGAUGGGAGACUGGUGCAGAGAGCGUGGUGGAUGAUGUCACAAACCACACGGAGUGUUGCAGUCUUCCUCUCCACCUCCCUCUCCCUGGGUGUCUUCUUUCUGCAGUUCCUGGAGUGGUUGUAUUCCUCGGAAAACCAGAGCAUAGUGAAAACCAUCACCUCUCUGCCUGUGCCUCCACCCCCGCUCCAUCUGCAAGUGGACUGCCACGAGGACGUACAGGUAGCGGCCGACAAGAACUGUCCAUUGUGCUUCAAACUACAAAAUAACUCCACGGUGCUGUCCACGUCCGGCUUUGUCUUCUGUUACCGCUGCAUUUAUGCUUACGUUAAAGCCAACCACUGCUGUCCCCUCACUGGAUUCCCCACAGAACUACAACACCUCAUCAAGAUCUAUGAGCCGGAGAGUUAGUGCUCUGAAGAUGUUUACCCUGUCUUUUGGGAAAAUAUGGCCUUACUGUUAGCUACAUUCCUAUGCAGGCUUGUAUCAACUGCUCUUUUAAAGGAUUUUUGGGAAGCGUAAAAAAUUUCUUCUUUUCUAUGCAGAAAAUUUUAAUAUCAAUGUUGAGAAAUUAUGAUCUAAUUCAGAUGCUAGUGUUUUCCACUUUGUCUUUAUAAAUACACAUUAAAUCAAUAAAGAUUAUGUUGGAGUUGUCCUUCUAAA